GCCAUACCUCAAAGGUUCUCAACGAGGCUAGGUAACGUUAGCUACUAGCUAGUGUAGCAAGAAAAGACUAGCUAGAUGUUGAAAAUAGUUUUGACUGCUAUUGUAGCUGAAUAACCAGUCGUGUUUUCGUGCAUGUGCAGUUUAAAUUAGAACAAAUUAAAACUAUCAGAAGUUGUACGUGAGGGGUCUUCGGUGUAGCCUUGCGAGACUAACGUUACCUUGUUCUGCGGGGGUGACCAUGGUUUGAGGGAACAAAGAUGUCUGCCCGUAUUCCGCUGGUCCUCCUGGCCUGCGGCUCCUUCAACCCCAUCACCAACCAGCACAUGCGGCUGUUCGAGCUGGCCAGGGAUCACCUGCACCAGACAGGUCAGUUUCAGGUUGUGGGCGGGAUUGUGUCUCCGGUGAGUGACGGCUAUGGCAAGCAGGGCCUGGUGUUGGCCAAGCACCGCAUCGCUAUGGCGAGGCUGGCACUGCAGAGUUCAGACUGGGUCUCCGUUGACGAUUGGGAGAGCCAGCAGCCCGACUGGACAGAGACAGUGGUCACAAUGAGGUACCAUUAUGGUCGGAUACUGAAGCAGUACCAAGAGGGCACAGGGAAGGACAGUGGUCCAACCACAAACUCCCAUCAUAUCACAAGCUCCUCUCCCAGGCUGAAGCUGCUGUGCGGAGCUGACUUCCUGGACACCUUCAAGGUGCCGGGCCUGUGGCUGGACGACCACGUGGAGGAGGUGGCGGGCCGCUUCGGCCUGGUCUGUGUCAGUCGGGGGGGCCUGGAGCCUGAGCGCGCCGUGCACGAGUCGGAGACACUGUCACGCCAUUGGCGAAACAUCUUCCUGGUGCGCGAGUGGGUCCGCAACGAGACCAGCGCCACGGAGGUCCGGCGGGCCUUGAGACGAGGCCUCAGCGUCAAGUACCUCCUCCCAGAUUCUGUCAUCAAGUAUAUCCACCAGCACAACCUCUAUACCGGGGAUAGUGAGUUGAAGAAUAAGGAUGUGCUAUUGAGGCCGCUUACCAAGCAGACAGAGAUGCCUGUGAAAACUCUGGAUGAUUGACUGAGAGACUGCCAUUGGCCUUCAUUGAUGGAAGCAAGCAUAUGAUGUGCCAAUAGCAGAUACAUCUACUGACUUUGCAAGAACAGGCCAUGUGGCCCAUAACUAGUUCACUUCUGUCAUCUCAGUUGAAUAUGUGGCACACCACACGCACAAUGUUUUGCCAUCAGUGGUUGCCUUUUUUAUAAGCAGAUUUAUACACAUUUGUUAAUGUUGGCAAACUUGAUGUAACAGCAAAGACAUUUGUGCAGCAGUGCAGAUGACUAGAGAGACCAGAUGAGAAUUGUGAUUGACGUGGUGGAUUGUAGUAAGCUGGACUAGUUUAGGAUGCUCCUAAACUAUUGCUGACAUGUAAUCUGUUUUGGAAGAGAUGACAUCAUCACCCCCAACAUCCCGCAGAUACAGUCCGGGUAUGUGCUGGUUGGCUAGUCUACAUGAUCAGAUUAUUAUGGAUAAGAGCGAGAAUAUUUGUAUUUGUCAAAAGGCAGUCAAGCAUCGAUCAUCAUGUCACCAGAAUAAUAUCCUCGAUAUUUAUUGGAAAUUACCAUCAAGCUCAUCACCGUGCACUUUCAACACCCUGUGAAGCUCAUCAUAACUGUAGCCUAAUAAACUGUAUGCUUUC